AUGUCCACUGAGAAGCGGGCGCUGGUGCUUGACAACGGCAGCGGCUUCCUUAAGUGCGGCUAUGCGGGAGCCAACUUUCCUGCUGCUGUCUUCCAGACCGCUAUUGGCCACCCGGUGCUGCGGUCAUCCAAGCACAGCAGCAGCAGGGGAAGUGGCAACCAUGUUGAUCCCAAGGUUCGGGAUCUCGUGCUUGGUGAUGAGUGCAGUGGCGUGCGGCACCUGCUUGACAUGACGUACCCGAUACGAAAUGGCAUUAUUCAAAACAUGGAUGACAUGUGUCACCUCUGGGACUACGCGUUCAACGAGUUGCUUCAAAUUGACCCCACCGAGCAUCGCCUGCUCCUUUCGGAGGUGCCGCUCUUCAGCAGUAAGCAUCGCUGCCACUUGUAUGAGGUGAUGUUCGAGCGAUACAAGUUCCCCGCGCUCCAGUCCGCUGUGCAAGGCACGCUGUCGCUCUUCUCCAAUGGUCUGCAGACGGGUGUCGCGGUGGAGAGCGGCGAGGGCAUCUCGCACUGCACGCCCAUCUUCGAGGGCUACGCACUGCCCAAGGCGAACCGCCGGGUGGAUCUUGGGGGACGAAAUAUCACGGAGUUUCUUAUUAGGCUGAUGCAGCGGCGCGGCUACAGCUUUAAUCAGACUAGCGACUACGAGACAGUGCGGCGACUUAAGGAGCGCUUCUGUUAUGCGGCGGUGGACAGCCGACUGGAGAAGCGGCUUGCGCUGGAGACGACGGUGCUGGAGCAGAGCUUCCUGUUGCCGGACGGCACUACGUGCAGUAUCGGGCAGGAACGCUUCGAGGCAACGGAGGCGCUGUUUCAGCCGCACCUCAUCGAUGUGGAGUGCGACGGGCUGUCGGCGCAGCUGUGGAGCUGCAUCCAGGCCGCUGACAUCGACGUGCGGACGGAGCUGUAUGGCCACGUCGUACUCUCCGGCGGUUCCACGAUGUUUCCCGGGCUUCCGAGCCGCAUCGAGAGGGACAUGCGGGAGUUGUUCCUCGAAAAGGCACUCAAGGGCGACCGCACACGUCUCGGCAACUUCAAGCUGCAGGUAGAGGACCCGCCUCGGCGCAAGCAUAUGGUGUUCCUUGGUGGUGCUACUCUCGCUGCAUUGACUAUGACGCAGCAGGAGAUGUGGCUCACGCGUGCGGAGUGGGAGGAGGGUGGCGCGUCGGCUGUGCGGGCCCGCUUUGGUGCGUGA